AUGAAUAUGAUCAGUGCUAAGAAACUCAUCAAGAUGGCAAGGAAAUGGCAGAAGUUUGCAGCUAAACAGAGGAAGAGAAGUUCUUUUCCAAGGUCUAAUUCCAAUGAUUUAGAGAGUUGUAGCACAUCAUCUACUAUAGUUUCUAAAGGAAAUUUUGUGGUAUAUAAACCUGAUCAAAAGCAAUUUGUGGUUCCGUUAGCUUAUCUUCAACACGAGCCAAUGUGGAUCAGCUUUAUAUGUUCAAGAACAAAGAAACCUGCAAUUACUAGGAAGCCUAUUAUUUGUGGUUAUACUGAUUCAGACAUGGCUGGGGGAGUUGUGUCUUGGUUGCAAAAAUGUGUUGCUCUAUCUACUACAAAAGGUGAGCUUAUUGCUGUUGUUGAAGCUUGUAAAGAAUUGCUUCGGAUGAAGAGAUUCUUGGGAGAACUUGGUUGUGCUCAAGAGAGAAUGGUCACAAAACGUAAAACAAUCCUAUUGGCUGAGAUUUCUGACGCGUCUGCCACUUCUCCAACUGUUGGAGACAGUGCACCAACUUUUUAUACUUUCUCCAGCUGGCAUCCAAAAAACAUAUUGAGCCAAUAA